CUUUCCGUCGCGCUGACCGUGAGUGGAACAUGUCGUAUACGUCUGAUCGAAGGAAUGAUGAUUGGUCUGGUGGUGAAUCUAAGAAUGGGCCAAAUGAGAAAGAUGAGGCUUAUGAUGGACCACCUGGAAUGGACCCUGAUGGUAUCAUUGAAUCAAACUGGGAAGAGGUUGUUGACAAUUUUGAUGAUAUGAAUUUGAAGGAGGAGCUGUUACGAGGAAUCUAUGCUUAUGGAUUUGAAAAGCCUUCAGCUAUUCAGCAGCGUGCUAUUAUCCCGUGUGUAAAGGGGCAUGAUGUUAUUGCUCAAGCCCAGUCUGGGACCGGCAAAACUGCCACUUUCUCGAUUUCAAUACUGCAGCAGAUUGAUACAUCUAACCAUGAGUGCCAGGCUCUCAUCCUGGCCCCAACCAGGGAGUUAGCUCAGCAGAUCCAAAAGGUGGUUAUUGCUUUGGGUGACUUUAUGAGCACCCAGUGCCAUGCAUGUAUUGGUGGUACCAAUGUCCGAGAGGACAUGAGGAAACUUGAUACAGGAGUUCAUGUUGUGGUUGGCACUCCUGGUCGGGUGCAUGACAUGAUUAGCAGACGAGCUCUAAGAACAGGCAGCAUCAAGUUAUUUGUUUUGGAUGAAGCUGAUGAAAUGCUGUCACGGGGUUUCAAGGAUCAGAUACAUGAUGUCUUCAAAAUGCUGAAUUCCGAAGUUCAGGUCAUCUUGUUGUCAGCUACUAUGCCCUCAGAUGUACUGGAGGUUACUUCUUGCUUCAUGAGGAAUCCUAUCCGUAUUUUGGUCAAGAAGGAAGAGUUGACCCUGGAAGGUAUCAAGCAGUUCUUUGUAUUUGUUGAGCGGGAGGAUUGGAAGCUGGAAACCUUGUGUGAUUUGUAUGAUACGUUGAGUAUCACUCAGGCCGUGAUCUUCUGCAACACUCGCCGUAAAGUGGAUUGGCUGACUGAGCAAAUGCACAGACGCGACUUCACUGUGUCUGCCAUGCAUGGAGAUAUGGAACAACGCGAGAGAGAUCUAAUCAUGCGACAAUUUCGAACAGGAUCUAGCCGAGUAUUGAUCACCACUGACCUUCUGGCCCGUGGUAUUGAUGUACAACAGGUGUCCUUAGUUAUCAACUACGAUUUACCAUCAAACCGUGAAAAUUAUAUUCAUAGAAUUGGCCGUGGUGGACGUUUUGGCAGGAAAGGUGUUGCUAUAAAUUUUAUCACUGAAGAUGAUAAGCGUACUCUGAAGGACAUUGAACAAUUCUACAAUACCCACAUUGAUGAGAUGCCGAUGAAUGUAGCAGACUUAAUCUAAGUCUAGUGCUGUUCUGUGUUGUCUUGCGUUCUCAUGGUGCAUAUUUUGGCCAGACUACCAGUGGGAAGAAAUUUUUGGAAAUAAAGAUCAAAAUUUCCUAAUCGAAGUCCAGCAAA